AAACAAAUCGAGAACAUACCAGACCAGCCUGAAAGAGAUAGAGGAAAAGAAAAAGAAACCAGACUUCCUAAUUUGCCACCCUUUUUAAUUUUUCACCUAGGUUUGGGUGCAUAUCUGUUCCAUCCAUCCAUUGACACGAACCAAGUUAAGAAAGACUUUGAAACCAAAAACCAUGAUUUCAUAUUUGACACCUUGCUCUCCCUAACUGACACGUGUAACUCAACAACAUGGUAACUAAGCCACGUUGCAUGAACUUAACCUACCGUGUUCAUCAACUCACUCCUUUAUAACCCCCUCCCAAAACUUCCCCUUCGGAACCACAACUCUGCAACUUACGAACAUUCAGAUUCUGAUUAUUUGUUGUUCCAUUCUUACUAUCUCAUUGUUGCAAAGUAUCAAUAGUGAUGGCUUCAAGGGUGGUGAUGGUGAUGGUGAUGGUGGCUGUCGUGUUGGUUUGUGGCAUUGAAUGCACGACCAAAGAGGAAGGGGUUGACUAUCAGAAGGCCAAAGCCAAGACGACGGAGACUGAAAACAAGGCAGCAGAGACGGCCAAGGAAGGGAAAGAAGCCACCGAGUCAUGGACUGGUUGGGCCAAAGAUAAAAUAACCGAAACUCUUGGCUUCAAGCACCCCGACGAAUAUGCCGGUGAAACUGCUCAGAGAACAAAAGAAUACGCAGGUGAUGCGGCGCAGAAGACCAAGGACUAUACUGGCAGCGCCGCGGAGAGGGCGAAAGAGUAUGGUGAUGAUGCGGCACACAAGACCAAGGAUUAUGCAGGUAGUGCUGCUGAGAAAGCAAAAGAUUAUGGCGGUGAUGCUGCCGAAAAGACCAAGGAAUAUGCCGGUAGCGCUGCGCAGAAGGCCAAGGAAUACGGCGGUGAUGCUGCUCAGAAGUCUAAGGAAUAUGCCAGUGACGCUGCUCAGAAAACCAAAGAAAAGGUCCAAGACUAUGCCUCUGGGGCUGGCGAAUACAGUGCAGAGAAGGCGAGAGAAAUGAAGGACAUGGCGGCGGAGAAAGCAAGUGACUUGGCAAAUGCGGCGAAGGAGAAAGCACAAUAUAUCAAGAACGUGGCAACCAGUACCGCUGGCUCCGGCAAGGACAAGGCCUCAGAAUCCAUUGACGACGCAAAGGAUAGAGCCGCGGAGAGAGUUGAAGAAGCCAAUCAGAAGGCAAAGAAGGAAGCUGAAGAGAGCGAGAGAGAAACCAAUGAGCAAAUGGAGUGGGUUAAAGAGAAGGCUAAGGAAGGUUACGAUGCCGCCAAAGAUAAACUUGGUGCUGGUCAACGCAGAGAUUCUGAACUUUAAGUCUCCGUCAACAUACUACGUAUAGAAACUGUGUACUGUUUAUUACAUUAGUGCCAUGGUAAUGUCAUUUUCCUUUUUCAUCUUGUGUAUAUAUGGGGAUGUUUUGUUGUCGUCUUGUGUCUUAAUGUGUGUGGUUAGUCUACGGUGUUUUAGGGUUUGACUGGUUGGCAACUACACAUAUCGGAUGAAAUUGAAAUAUUCUGUUUGUUUUCCGCGAAGUUAAAAAAUAACACUGUUGAAAAUGUAGCAUUUCUUUGAAUGAAUUCACACUGUUCCAUUAGGGCCUACAUGUGAAGUAAUGUUCGGUCAUUCUAUUAGAGCCUAUUAUUUGAUA